AUGAGAGUUUGCAUGCUAGCUGUUGCUCUCCAAGGCUUGGCGUUGGUAUGCUGUAUGAACACGACAGAAAAUCGUAAGACUUUCACAUAUAAUACAUGGACAUCGUUUCAGAUAGCCGAUUAUGAUAGCAGAUUUUGGAGUGUUAGGUUGCCACCAGUAAAUCGAACGACUUGCGGCGACGAAGACCAUCCGUGGAUUACUAUUCAUUACGAUGAGGUUGAUAGGCUCGUUAAUGAUAGACUGGCUAAUUGGGAUGAUGGGCCUGUCCCCGAUCGUGAAGAAUUUAGGAAACGUGUCAUCAGCCAAGCGAGGUGCGACCGCCCCCAUUAUUAG